GCAGGUCGGUAGAUGAUGAAGUGAUGGAGAUGUUAGGAGGCCACGGCCAUUGUGAUGCUGGGUGGCUGUUACUCUGGAACUGCCAUCUGCCGAAAAGGGUGCUGUGCAAUGAUAUCCUCAGCCUGAAGGUGGCAGGAGAUCCAGUGCUAACCCCUAACUCAGUGUGCCUGAGGCUGGCAGGCCUCAGUAAACGUCAGAUGCGGAUGUGUGUGCGGAGCCCCGAUGUGACAGCCUCCGCUCUGCAGGGCAUCCAGGUGGCCAUCCAUGAGUGCCAGCACCAGCUCCGCGACCAGCGCUGGAACUGCUCCUCACUGGAGGGCCUUGGCAAGCUUCCCCACCACAACAACAUCCUCAACAGGGGUUUUCGUGAGAGUGCCUUCUCCCUGGCCUUGUUGGCAGCGGGUGUGGCUCACUCUGUGGCCUCGGCCUGCAGCAUGGGCAAGCUGCGGGGGUGUGGCUGUGAGGCCAAGCGUCGCCAGGACGAUGACAAGAUCCGGCUGAAACUCACACAGCUGCAGCUGCAGACCCUGCAGAAGGGUGGGGUAGGCCUCGGCAUGGCACGGUCAUUACCCUCAGAGCUAAAUGGUCACCAUGGCGACCUGCCCGCUAACCUGCGCUCCACCCACCCGUCUGCCCUGCUCAAGCCUUUACCAGACGAGCUUAGCUCCAUGCAGGAGACCUGGGAGUGGGGGGGCUGUAGUCAUGACGUCCGUUUUGGGGACCGUUUUUCCAGGGACUGGCUGGACUCCCGUGGGUCUCCAAGAGACAUCCACGCUCGCAUGAGGAUCCAUAACAACCGGGUUGGACGACAGAUAGUGACUGACAACAUGAAAAGGAAGUGUAAAUGUCAUGGCACAUCAGGGAGCUGUCAGUUCAAGACUUGCUGGCAUGUGUCUCCAGAGUUCCGGGUUGUGGGCUCUCUACUCAAAGAAAAGUUCCUGUCAGCCAUCUUUGUCAACUCCCAGAACAAGAACAAUGGGGUCUUCAACCCUCGCACAGGAAACGGAGCCAGCGGGAGCACAGGAGCAGGGGGACUCAACGGAGGUCGGCGUCGAACCAUGUCCAGAGAGCUGGUGUACUUUGAGAAGUCUCCUGACUUCUGUGAGCGCGAUGCGUCCGUAGACUCUCCUGGUACACAAGGACGCAUCUGCAACAAGACCAGCUACAGCACAGACAGCUGCAGCUCGCUGUGCUGCGGCCGUGGACACAACAUCCUGAAACAGACGCGCAGUGAGCGCUGCAACUGCAGGUUCCACUGGUGUUGCUACGUGCUGUGUGAGGAGUGUCGUCUCACAGAGUGGGUCAAUGUGUGCAAGUAGAUUGCGGUUCUCCCAGUCCCAGCUGCCUUUACCCAUCCAGGACUCAAGAUGGCGAGCCUGUCCCUUCGCCCACUCCUGUUGUUCGAGCGUUUGUUUUGCUCCUUGUGUAACUCUUGCAGAGAAUCUGUUUAUCCCCCCCCUUCCUCAUCAUCUGGGAUCUAUUUUCUCUUUGUAGCCGCUGUUAUUCUCAGAAUGCCAAGUCAGAGAUUGAAGAGGUGACUCAUGUCGUUUGUCUUGCCACGGUCUGUUUAGACGCUGCCCUCUUAGCCAUGAAAACGGCCUAUACCCCAUCUUUUCUGUCCCACAAAACAAAGACGAGCAACAGCAGAGAAGCAUUUCUAUUUGUCUACAUGCUGACUCAUCUCAUUGUACAGUAGCUGUGUAUUUGAAUGUGUACGUGUAUAUUUGUAAAUGUGUUGUUAUUAAUAUUAUUAUUGUGUUGGAGCCUGUCUUUUUGGUUUGAGUUAAUGACAGACUUGUGCUGACCGAGUGGCUCAGGAUGGUGAAGCAGUGCUGUAUGAAGUCUCAUCACAAUUGUUCUCACACUUUAAUCUUCUAAUGAUCUCCGAGAUAUUUACUCCAUUUGUAUAUUUUGCACCUGUCACUCAGACAGAGCAACAAUACUUAUUUGGGAGUCUUUCUAGACAAGACAAGUUUGACUAAUAGAAGAAGACCGUGAUUUUUGUGGUUUUUGAAGGACUGAUACAUCUGAUUGAAACCUUUGUAUUAUAGAGGCAACAGGACAGAAGCUUACAAAUAAGCACAUAAGCUUAUCAAACAUUGUAUACUUUUAAACCUCAAGAAAGGAAAAGUUGAUACAACAUCGGUUUUGGAGACAGAUUCAGUCCUUCAGUUCCUUACGCUGAGCAACUAAUCAUUCUAAUUUAUUUACACCAUUGUAACAAUAAUAAUUACGUCAUGAGAGUGGUUGCUAGUGGUCAUGUUUGUCAUAAAUUCAUAUCAAUAUUGUGACAGAAAUA